AACCAAUCACAAUGAGCUGUCGUGUCCAAGAGGAGCUACGGCGAGCCGCUGGGUCCGUAAAAGCCGUGAAUCAUCAUUGUUGCCAGCCAACUAAGAAAAACAACGGAACCUGUCCGCAGAGUCGAGAAGAAGAUAGAGCUUAUAUUUCAGAAUGAGGAGUGGCAGGUGCAGAGUGCAGUGGGGGGGUCUGCUCCUCCUCCUGUCCUCCUCUCUGCUGUGUGUUCACUCUCAGGUGGAUCCACACAACCACCACCAGCAGCAGGUGCCGCCCGUCGCGGCGAGCGGCGCUCACGUAACCGGCCACGGCCGCCUGGACAAGAACAUGGUCCAGGACAAAGACCACAUCAUGGAGCAUUUAGAGGGAGUGAUAGAGCAACCAGAGAAAGACAUGACACCUCAGGAGCUUCAGCUGCACUACUUCAAGAUGCACGAUUACGAUGGCAACAACCUGCUGGACGGGCUGGAGCUCGCCACGGCUAUCACACACGUACACAGAGAGGAGAGGGGAGAGAACAGCCAGCCAAUGAAAGAGGAGGACCUCAUCACGCUCAUCGAUGACGUUCUGAAGGACGAUGACAAAAACAAUGACGGUUAUAUAGAUUACGCAGAGUUUGCCAAAUCGCUGGAGUAAGACGUCGCCCGAGCGCCGACAGUCUUCGUGUCCACGGCAACCACGACUCAGAGGGUCCAACUGAGAAGCUGCCAUAAAAAAAAAACCCAUUUGUUUAAUCUGCUUUCUCCCUCACAGGCGAUCAAUCACGAUUAUUGGUGAUUUAUGAAGGAAUUAUUUUCGUACUUUCUGAGCUUGUGAUACUUCUUAUUUCGUGUAUCGCCAAGCUGGUAGCAGCGAAACUGGUUGUGUCAGGAGGAAAUUACCCUUUUAUGACCUCUGCACCUUCUUCCUGUGUAGGUUUGUAAAGGGUCAGUUCACCCAAAAUCACUUAAAAACCCAACACUCUCUCGAAAAGUGUCCACAUGGAGGUCUGUGGACGUCCCAGAGCAACAUAAACAUCACUUCAUUUCAUUCUUUGUUCGUUGAGCAUCGCAAACUUAAUUUAGCUCCUUUGUAUCGGAGUGGUAGCAGAGAUUUCUGUGGGGGGGGGGUGGCUACAGAGCAGAUCACAGGCAGGAAGUCGGUCAGUCAGAGGCAGGUUAGUGGAGAAACGCAUCGUUUUUGUUUCCUUUUUUUUAAAAGGAUGAAAUACUUAAGUAAACAGCGUAUGUCAGGCAAUGCGCUCUGACGAUGCUCCACUUCUGAAACGCUCUCAGUGGGAUGUGAAGACGAGCAGGUCAAGGAGCUAUGAGACGUUUAUAAAGCUGGAAUUUCGAGGGUUUGACGCUUUGCUUUCUUGAUUGUUCUUUAGAAUUUGAACCCUCUAAAAUUACAUUAAUUAUAAAUGUUUAAACUCAAUAUGGACACGUUAAAUUCAAUGCAGUUUACGGAAACAACGAGCACUAAAGUAUCCCAGACGCCUGUUCCAAUUACAGACACGUUGAAGUUUCACAGUAUAUAUAGUUUCUUAGUGAUUUUGGAUGAAUUGACUCUUUAUAUACGUGCAGAACUCUGAGUAGCGUGCGUUCCUCUUUCAGUGGCGCUUCUGUUGAUUCUCUCUGGUAGCUUCUGACCAGAGUGUCGUCACAUUUUGAAGACGUGUUUCAGUGAGGGAUACUCGACACGGUGGACCAAACGAUUCCUUCUGAGAAUCCCUUUUCAUUUGCUGUCCGUGAUGAGGAGGAGGAGACAAAUCCUCAUCACACUGGAAAGUGGCCUUGACUCGCUCACAUGUACAGUAUAUAGCCGGUCGUAGUUAGAGAGUGAGUGUGUGUGUGUGUUUGUGUGUGUGUGUGUGUAGUGUAUAAGUUUAUUUUUGGAGGGACGCAGGAACAACACAAUAUUGACUGUUGCCAGCAUUGUGGCACGUCGGCGUUUCCUCCUGAGGUUGCUGUUGUUUUCAUGAAGAUUACCACAAUUCUAUGAGCCAAUCACCAUCGUCCUCACUGUAGUCUGUCAGCCGGCAGACGCUUCACAUAAAUCAUAAGAGUGAAUGUAAAGCGGCACCACGCUGCUGAUUCUUUACCACUGGAUAAGCUCGACUUAAAGCACACUGGUUGAUGCCGCUGCCGCUGCAGUGGUUUUAAAGGACGACCUCCAGUAAAGCACUUGUUAUAAACCAUUGAACGCAACAUGUUUGCUUCAGGUCAUUCGCUGCCUUUUGGAACAGACGUCAGGUCUCUCUCCGCGUGUGUGUGUGUUUCGACGUUUGUUGAAUGCAUCUGUGAUUGUUUCUAAAGUGAUUUCGUAUGGAUGAAUUCUAUAUUUUUGCCAUCAGUAUUGAUUCUUCAAUCAUUCAGGUUGUUGAAUGGAAAAAAAACUGAAAGCAUAACAGAUGCGACUGUUUUGUCUCUGGAAUGUGAAAUAUUAAAAACUGUAAUCUACA